CUAAAUAUAUUUGGAUACACUUUACACCACCUACAAAACGUGAUAUAUAUACUAAUGUCGCAUUUCGUACAAACGAACGUAAAUUUGGUCCAUCGAUUGACAAACGUCCGAUGAGGGAUCCUGGUAUUGGACAACCCGCUCCACAUACAGAUUUUUCAGAUCAGCUCUUUAAUGGGUCUGAUCACAUAGAAACAAAACCGAAAUCACCUUUCAAUAUGGGUUGA